UGCCACAAAUACAAGUAUUUCGAUUAGCUUUAUCUCGGUUUUUUUUUGGAUUAUUGAAGUCACUAACUUUACUUGCACGAUUAUAAGCAUAAACAUUUGGAUUGAGUAGAGCCGCUUCUCGUAAUCGUCAUGGUUACCCAUAAAAUGCUUGUCUUCUGGAUCAUUGCAAUGGGUUGCUUCAGCUUGCUUAGUUUUGCUGAGGCUAAGGUGCCCAGAGAAGAAGUUGAUGCCUUGCAAGAGAUUGCUACUGCAAUGGGCUCCAUAUACUGGAAAUUUAAUGGUGAUUCCUGUGAAAUUGAAAGGUUUGGGGUAACACUAAUGCCACCAAAGAAUUCUGAGCAUGAGAUCUCUUGUGAAUGUGAGGCAGAUGGCAAUGUUUGUCACGUCGUAAGGAUAGUGCUCAAGGGUUAUAACCUUCCUGGAAUACUUCCUCCUCAACUGGCUAAGCUUACUUACCUUCGAGGAAUUGAUUUUGCUUACAACUACCUAAAUGGUACCAUUCCAAGUGAAUGGGCUUCAAUGAACUUGACUUUUAUCUCUCUUCUAGUAAAUCGCUUGUCAGGGGAAAUUCCAAAGUAUCUGGGAAAAAUUACCACUCUCACAUAUCUGAACCUUGAAGCAAACCAAUUUUUGGGCCCCCUACCACCUGAACUAGGGGAUUUAGUGAACUUGAAAACAUUGUUGCUCUCCUCCAAUCGGUUAACUGGGAAUUUGCCAGCGACUUUUAGUUUACUAAGAAAUCUAACUGACUUUAGGAUAAAUGAUAAUAACUUCAUUGGUAGAAUACCUACUUUCAUACAAAACUGGGGACAACUCAGCAGACUAGAAAUGCAUGCAAGUGGAUUCCAGGGACCAUUACCUGCAAACCUAUUUCGUUUGAAGAAAUUACUGGUGCUGAGGAUUAGUGAUAUACAUGGGCCAAGUCAGGGUUUUCCCAUGCUCAGAAACAUGGAAGGCCUAGUUACAUUGGUUUUGAGGAAUUGCAACAUUUCUGGAAAGAUCCCUGAUUACAUUUGGGCAAUGGAGUAUUUGGAAAUGUUGGAUCUCAGUUUCAACAAUUUAUUUGGGGAAAUCCCGACCAGCAUAACUGCAGAUCGUCUAAGAUUUGUCUUUUUAAGUGGCAACUUGCUGCGUGGAGAUGUGCCUGGUUCUAUACUGAAGCAAGGAACUAGCAUUGAUCUUUCAUACAACGACUUUAAAUGGCAAGGCCCUGAGAAACCUGCUUGUCAGGAGAACAUGAAUCUGAACUUAAACUUGUAUCAUAGUACUUCAUCAAGGAACCGCUUGAUGGGAUCUCUUCCAUGCAAGAAGUCUUUCACUUGUCCUCGAUCAGAUUCAAAUUGUUUGCAUGUUAACUGUGGUGGAAAGGACACUAUGAUGAAGGAAAAUAAUGCAAACAUACUUUAUGAAGGAGAUGGUGAUGUUGAAGGUGGUGCAGCAAAAUUUUAUAUUAAUGAAGAUAGUUAUUGGGGAUUUAGUAGCACUGGAGACUUCAUGGAUGACAAUGAUUUCCAAAAUACACGUUACACUGUACCAGGGCCAUCGACAAAUAUGUUGGAACUGUACACAACAGCCCGCAGAGCUCCAAUAUUACUCACUUAUUUCCAUUAUUGCUUAGUGAAUGGAAUUUACACCAUAACUUUCAAUUUUGCUGAGAUACAGUUUACUCCUGAUGAAACAUAUAACAGCCUUGGUAGGCGCAUAUUUGAUGUUUACGUUCAGGAAAAGUUAUUGUGGAAAGACUUCAACAUUGAAUCCGAGGCAAUGGGUGCUCUAAAACCUUUGGUUAAACAAGUUUCAAAUGUAAACGUGACAAAUAAUUUUCUGGAGAUCCGAUUUAGUUGGGCUGGCAAAGGAACAACGAGGAUUCCUCGAAGAAGCAUCUAUGGACCACUUGUAAAUGCAAUUUCUGUAGUUUCUGAUUCUAAACCUUGUCCGAAUAGAAGAAACAAAGGAUUUGCAUGUAUCAUUGCUUUCGGGGUUCUAGGAUCAUGCCUUGGCCUCCUUAUGGGGGGACUUAUUUGGUGGAAAGGCCAUUUACUUGGGAAAUGUUGGCAGAAAAAAGGUAUCAAAGAAGACAUGCCAAUGGGGACUUUCACUUUGAAACAGAUUGAAGUUGCCACCAACGACUUCGAUCCUGCUUACAAGAUUGGAGAAGGUGGUUUCGGUCCUGUUUACAAGGGUCAGUUACCUGAUGGUACCAAGAUUGCAGUGAAGCAGCUCUCCUCUAAAUCACGGCAAGGGAAUCGUGAAUUUCUGAACGAGAUUGGGAUGAUAUCUUGUUUACAACACCCUAAUCUUGUCAAGCUUCAUGGAUUUUGUGUUGAAGGGGAUCAACUGCUACUGGUGUAUGAGUACAUGGAAAACAACAGCCUCGCUCGUGCAUUGUUUGGUUCGGAAUGCAAUCAGCUUGAACUAGACUGGCCUACAAGGCUUAAUAUCUGUAUUGGCAUAGCUAAAGGUCUGGCCUUUCUGCAUGAAGAAUCAAGACUCAAGAUUGUUCACAGAGACAUUAAAGCAACCAAUGUGCUUCUCGAUAGUGACUUGAACCCAAAAAUAUCCGACUUUGGAUUGGCUAGGCUCUAUGAAGAGGAGAAGACCCACAUCACCACCCGAGUUGCUGGAACCAUAGGAUAUAUGGCACCGGAAUAUGCAUUAUGGGGCCACCUGACACAUAAAGCAGAUGUUUAUAGUUUUGGAGUUCUAACAAUGGAACUCGUUAGUGGGAAGAAUACCAAUAACUUUAUGCCAAGUGAAAAGUUUGUCUGUCUCUUAGAUUGGGCAUGCCAUGUGCGAAAAUCAGGAAACGUGACAGCACUUCUCGAUGAGAGGUUAAGAUCCGAAGUCAAAAACGAAGAGGUGGAACUCAUGGUUAAAGUAGCUCUGUUGUGUACAAAUGCAUCUGCAUCACUUAGGCCUACAAUGUCCGAGGUGGUAAACAUGCUUGAAGGGCGAACGAGUGUUCCUGACUUGUUACCAGAACCAGGCAGCUAUACUGAAGAUUUAAGGUUCAAGGCCAUGAGAGAUCUCUGUCAACAGAAGGAAGAUCAAAGUUCGAGUGGAAGCCAAACCCAAAAUUUAACUACUGUCCAUUCCUUCUACUCUUCAUCUACAUCAUCCAAAUCCAAGGAAAUCAUACCAGAUGCUAGAUUUAGCUCUCCUUUCCAGGAAUGUUAGUUGAACGUCUUUUCUCGCCGAGAGCUACCUUGAUCUACAGGCCUGUUGCCAGUGAGUCUGGCAGCCCUUGGAAAUGUAAAUAGUUCCCAUAUUUUAGCACUGCAUCAUGAAUAUUUAAUU